GCAAAUGAAAAUAAGCAAGCUAAAGAAGGAGAGAUGUUUAGAUGCUCAGAGACUUGAAGAAUACUACAACAAAAAUCAACAGUUAAGAGAGCAACAAAAAGCAUUACAUGACAACAUUAAAGUUUUGGAAGACAGGUUGCGAGCUGGCUUAUGUGACAGGUGUGCAGUUACUGAAGAACACAUGAAGAAGAAGCAGCUGGAAUUUGAAAAUAUUCGACAGCAGAAUCUAAAGCUUAUUACUGAACUUAUGAAUGACAAGAUUAACCUUCAGGAAGAAAACAAAAAACUUAGUGAUCAGCUUGAAUCACUAGAACAUCAACUGAAGGAGCAACAGCAGCAAGUGACCGAAGCAGCGGAUGAUGAUGAUGGAAUAAUCCCGGAUUCUCCAAUUUUAUCUCUUUCCACCUCUGUAGUUAGCAGACUGCGAAGGAGAAAGGAAAAUCGUCAUAUUCGCUAUACAGAGCAUGGCCAUGCUGAACCUUCAGGGCUGCAGUCUGAUAAUGAGACAUGUAAAAUGCUGUUGGCACGCUUCUCUGGCAUGAACCAACCUAUACAGAAUGAAGAAAUCCUAGUUGCAGAUUCCUGUGAUCUUGAACAAUCCUCAGAAAAGACCAUGCAGAUGCUAAAGGACCAUUUAUCUGUCGAGAAAAGCAACUUUAAUCUAGCUGCUGUUGUAGCAGAAACUUUAGGACUUGGCAUUUCUGAGGAACAUGACUCGCAAAGUCUUCUGAAAUCGCAAAGAGACGUCACCAUGACUGCACAAAUUCCUCGUAACAUGUUGAAAAAAGAUGCCAGUAAAGCGGCAAACUCAGAACUUUUGGAGGAUAGUGCCACUGGGUUUUCUUGUGCAGCAGAAGGAAAUGAACAAAGUGGAAACUGGGUUUCUCAAUGUAAAUCUCCUGUAUUUGGAAUUUCAACUAAAGAUUUCACUGAUCGCGAAAUGACAAUGGUCCAACAUGUUGAAGAAUCAAAGCAAGGUGAACAAAAGAUUGUAAAAAAUCACAUUGAAAUUAAGUCCGAUACAGCUGGGAGCACCUCUUACCUAUCUACGUCUAACAGGUCGGCGAAAAGAAAAAAAAUAGAAGAUGAAAGGGAAUUGCUCACUAAUUGUGAAAAGCCUUCUUUUAGUAAUGAAAAUCUUUCUUCAAAAUCAGAGAAGGCUGUUUCUGUAAACAGUGAUAAUCUUGAUACGCCAUUGGACUUGUCAGAUCAUGUUUCUAGUGGCCGGUUGGGAGAUAGAAGCCAAGGGAAAGAUGCAGUGUGUAAUAAGUUUAUGCAAGUUAACCAACUGGAAUCCAUGAAACAAAGUAUAAAAAUGACAAAUUUCGGAAGAGCCUAUAAUGGACUUAAUAAGGAUCCACAGGAUGAUGUUUAUCUGCAAGAGACCAUUGGGAGAUCGCAUAGUGGAAUAUGUCAAGAUGUUAAAGUAAAAAGUGAGAAAAAUGAUGAGGGUGCUGAUUCAUCAAUUUGUAGAUAUUCUCAGCUGCAAUCCAGUGAUUUUUCUCAGAAUGGACAACUUCCUAGUGACCAAAAGGAUUUUGAAGUCGAAGUUCCAACAAGGAAAAUUGCAAAAACAGCAUCCGCAGAAUCAGAGCCCACCUCGGUACUUCAACCAAACCCAAAUCCUUGUGCAACAAUUGGAAAGUGUAAAAACACUGAUAAUGAUGCAACAAAAUCAGAAAACAUUCAGUGGAGCAUGGAUCCAGGAGCAGAUUGCACAAUGGGUGCUUCAGAAGUGGACUCAAAGAAAGCCAUCAGGCAACCAGGGAUGAAUAGCCUGGAUAUGGACUGCACUUAUGUGAGUGAAAGUAUGUUGCAGAAACCAAAAGAAUCAAGAAUCAACCAGUCUAACCUUGGAAGCAGACAUGUUAUGGAUGAAAGUCUUGCUGAGGUCUUUGACCGUACUGCUUAUGGAGAAUAUGAAUCGUAUCCUGAAAAAAUGAAGAGUCCACAUAAUGUAUAUGACAAUGUAUUUCAAGAAGAUCCAGGGAAAACAAAAAAUGAAUCUUUUGCACAGCCUUAUUUGAACUCUGGGCAAAGGAAAAAUACAGUUUUAAACUUCCCUCAUGUUGAGGUGGUCCGUAACAAAGAAGAGAGAAGAAAAUUGUAUGGGCACACGUGCAAGGAAUGUGAUGUUUAUUAUGCAGAUCUACCAGAGGAAGAAAGAUUGAAAAAGUUGGCAAACUGCUCAAGGCAUAGAUUCCGGUACAUCCCACCAAACACACCUGAGAAUUUCUGGGAGGUAGGGUUCCCCUCAACACAAACCUGUGUUGAUCGAGGUUACAUCAAAGAAGAAAACACACCUUGUCAGCGCCCAAGACGGAGGCGUCCUUACAAUCCAACAUUUCUACCAAAGGACAAGGAACAGAAUAUGACUUAGUUAUUUGCAUAAAAGAGAACAU